AUGCCACCAAAUAUCCUUAUCACCGCACGACUAACAUUAUUUAGAGGGGGAUCCAUCGUCACAGAAUUCCUGUGUCAGAAACAAGGCUUACUUGGGUCCGCAAGAAUCCAUGCAGCCGUGCGUUCGAAAGAUCAGGCUUUGAGCCUGGCUGAUCACAAUGUCGCCGUGAUACAGAUGGAUCUCCAGGAUGAGAAAGCCGUGGCAAGCUAUAUCAUUUCAAAGGAGAUCGACAUUAUCAUCAACACCGCAACUUCUAUUGACAAAUAUGCCGUGCUGAGCCUUAUAACGGGACUUUCGAAACGUCGUCUAGUCACCGGGAAGGAGACAUACCUUAUCCAUACGUCAGGCUUAUCUGCACUCGAUGAGAUUACAGGCUGGCCGUUUGGUGCUAUCAAAGAUACUGACUCGGUCUACGAUAUGGAGAAACAGACUGCAAACUCAUAUAUUGUCAGACAUGUUGAUACCUUCAUCAUCGAUGAAUUGGAGAAAGCCGGUAUUAACGGGUUCAUCGUCAUGCCACCAACUAUCCACGGUCGUGGGGGCGGUACAUGGAACCAACUUUCGCCUCAACUGCCCGCUCUAAUCAGAGCCAUCAUCGAGCGCAAGAAAGUGUACAAGUUCGCCGAAAACAGGGAUCUCCCCGUCACGCACAUAUCAGAUCUAAUAACGUUCUACACAAAGUUGGUCGAAGCAAUUCUGCAAGGAAAGAAGCUACCAACAGAUAAAGACGCUUAUUUCUUUGUUGUCUCCCAAGCGCUUCCCUGGUGGGAUAUCCUCAGUCGACUAGCAGAAAGACUAUAUGCUCGUGGUCUUGUAACCACGGCAGAGACGGAGGUCUGGCCUAGUGAUGAGGUUCUUUCUGAAGCAGUGGGAGUCCCAGCGAAAUGGGCUUAUAGUAUGUGGAAUGCCGGGACCGAUGUGAUUUGCGUAAACAAAGACAUUGUAGGAUGGCAGCCAGUCUGGUAUAAAGAGAAGUUUUUGGCGAGUCUAGAUGAUGAGAUUGAUGAUUUCUUGGAGUUGGGUUUGCCAAAGAGCAGUCUUCUGUCUAGC